UCUGGUGUCGCCUCCUACUGCGCAGCCGCAGCCCGAGUGACGAAGAUGGUGCUCAUCAAGGAAUACCGUGUAGUGUUGCCGAUCUCUGUGGAAGAGUAUCAAGUCGGGCAGCUGUACUCUGUGGCCGAGGCCAGCAAGAAUGAAACAGGAGGAGGAGAAGGCAUCGAGGUGCUGAAGAACGAACCCUACGAGAAGGAUGGGGAAAAGGGACAAUACACACAUAAAAUAUACCACCUAAAGAGUAAAGUCCCAGGUUAUGUGAAGAUGAUUGCACCAGAAGGAGCAUUAGUUUUUCACGAAAAGGCCUGGAACGCCUACCCGUACUGUCGCACUAUUGUGACGAAUGAGUACAUGAAGGACGACUUCAUGAUUAAGAUUGAGACGUGGCACAAACCUGACAUGGGAACAAUAGAAAAUGUUCAUGACCUGGAUGAGCAGACGUGGAGGACUGUGGAGGUGGUUCCCAUAGAUAUUGCAAACAAAGAAGAAGUGGCGACUGCUGACUAUAAGCCAGAAGAAGAUCCUGCUCUUUUCCACUCCGCCAAGACGGGCAGAGGACCUCUCGGCCCUGAAUGGAAGGACGAGCUGAAGACAGAUUGUCCUUACAUGUGUGCAUACAAACUGGUCACCGUCAAGUUCAGAUGGUGGGGUCUGCAGACCAAAGUGGAAAACUUCAUCCACAGGCAAGAAAAGCGUAUUUUCACCAACUUCCACCGCCAGCUGUUCUGCUGGGUCGACAAAUGGGUGGGUUUGACCAUGGAGGACAUCAGGCGGAUGGAAGAGGAGACUCAAAAAGAGCUUGAGGAGAUGCGUCAGAAGGGAGAUGUGCGAGGCACCUCUGCAACAGACGAGUAGAGGCCCGUCGCUGUAGGUCAAACACUAGAGGCAGGCUGACUGCGUAAAACAGGUCCGAUUCGAGGCACCAGUGCUGCUCAUGAGCAAUGAGGCAAAUCAACCAAACCCUGUCAUGAUGAUGUCAUCAGAGACAACGUCCACCACGAUGAGGAAGUGGCCCCCGAUGUCGCCUCUUCUCUUCCUGUCUCACAUGAUUCAUUGGGGGGUUUGACAAGAUUGGUUAACAGUACUGUACAGAUUCUACCCCAAUCACAAGCCUCCUGUUCACUCAGAAAAAAAAAACAACAACAACAUGGUUUUGCAUACAUAUAAAAAGGAAAAAAAAAAAAAAAACUCUUUGCACAGAACGUAAAUUGCCUGAUAUGUAAUUGUUAGUUGAUUAUCACAAUGGGCUUUGUUUUUAUUCAGGUGUGUAAACCGUGACUCAGAAAGUCAAGCCUUUUAAAUUAAUUAGAAUGUUUGUUUUUAGGUAAACAGGUUCCCACAAAAAAUUGGUAUAAGAUGACUUUAGCAGGUAUUGGACCAUUUAUCCCCCUUACCUUCCCUUGUAUUAUAACUGUCUGUCUCUACUUUAAUCCUUGUCUCUCCCCUCAGUAUCGUCUUUAUUAUUGUCCUGGUAAAAUUAGUCUAGAUCUCCCCCUUGUCUCACUGUCCCCUCUGUCUGGCAGUUAGUCGGGAAUACUGAUGUUUUUUUUUUUAGUUUUUGAGGCUAAUCCAUGCCUGUUAUAUGGUUCAAAACAAAUAUAAUGCUCAAGCAUGAUAGAUAAUUCUUUGCUUUUCCCCCCCAACCCACACAUGUACACAUGUCCCCACAUUUCAAACAUGCACACCGGCCCUCCUCCUCCUCCUCCUCCCCUCCUCCUCCUGUCACAAGUGCAUGUGGACAACAGCAACUCCUCACUAAACUGUCAUUGCAUGUGUUAUAGUUGCUGCAAUGCAGCUUCGCUCAAGUGGAUUGUUUGUGUUGAUUAGAGAGAGAGAGAGAGAGAGAGAGGGUCCUCUAGGAGAGUCACCUGUGUGUGUGUGUGCGCGUGUUAGUGUGUGCAUUUGUGUGCUUGUUUGUGUUAUCAGCUGCCUUUUUUAAGGACUGUCACUCUUAGGACUGAGAUGGAUAAUGUUCAGCUUAAUAUCAAGGCUCUGUGAGCGGCCUGUUGAACUCGCCUCAUGCUGUCGCUGCAUGUCCUUUCUCCUUGGCUUAGGGCUUUAACUGGAGGGCUCCCGCAGCCUCCACGAAGCUUUUUUUAAAAAAAAAAAACGAAAACAAAUGAGGAUGAGAGUCUGUGCGUCACUGCGUGCAUGAAUUGAGGUAGUUUUUUUAUAUAUAGAUAUAUAUAUAUAUAUCUAUAUAUCUAUAUAUAUAUUUAUCUCUGUUGAACUACUGUUUCCUCUCUGAACUGACAGAGUGAAUGGGUCCAGGCAGAUCUGUGAUGUUUGUGGGCUGGGUUUAUAGUUUUAUUUUUUAUUUUCACCAUGUAUAGUGAUUUUUUUUUUUUCAUGUACCUUAACUACAAGAAAGUAUGAGGUCAGUCUGAACUUUUCUUGAUGAAUUCUAGUUAGAGUGCUUUGGCAAAGGUUAAAGGUAUACUGUGCAGGGUUUUCCUGAAAAAAACAAAACAAUGUAUAGACUCAUAUAACAAUAAUCCCUCUAAAUCAUCACUUAUGACUCACUACAAGUGUGUGGCGGUGUGUAUAUCUGCAGAGACUCUGCCCUCUGGCUGUGUUUUCUUAUUAUUUUGCUGUGUUCAGGAUGUUUCUGGGCGUCAACCUUUUGGGCAGCGGGUGUGUAGCCUCCAGGAGAUAACAGCGUGCAGGGUGUGAGGUCGGGACUCGUCGCGUAGCGACCAGGUUACAGGUUACCGUCUCUCUCCUCUGCUCUGCUCCG